UGUUGGUUGCUAGCUACCUCCGCGCACCCGGCCGCUCGGCGGCGUCAUCGUCACCUGGGCCUCGGAGCCGGCGCCGGGGCUGCGGGCGCGAGGCGAUCACCCGAAGCCUGGGCCUCGCGCGCCGCUGCUCGGCGGACCCCGCUCACCCCUGGCCCCUGGCCGCGCAGGGCCCGCGCCCCCAGCCCGGCUCGCGCAGGGCUCUCGCGUCCACCAUGAAAGGGCCCCGGGCCCCCUGCGGCGCCCCCGGCCCCCACGAGGGCAGCCUGGAAGGCCUGGAUCUCAGUCUGACGGGGCUCCCCCCACCCGUGUCCCGGCGCCCCAGCAGUGCAUCCGCUGCCAAGCCCCUCGUCCGCUCCGUCUCUGUGGCCGUGGGCGGUGAGCUGAGGAGGAAGGCGCUGGACGCCGCGGGGCCCGAGGGCCCCCGGGCCAUCAACAACCUUCGCCGGUCCAGCAGCACCACGCAGGUCCACCGGCCGCAGGCCAGGCAGGCCUGGGCUGAGCCCUCCAGGCCGGCAGAGCCCCCCGACUCCCCGACGCUGGCGGAGGGCGGCCCCGGCGGGAGGAAGAGGCCGGCCAGCCCGAGCGGAGCUCCCGGCGAGAAGGGGGCCGCAGGGAGCGUCCCGGACGAGCAGCCCAGGGCCCUCACCUCGCCGCCCGAGGCCCGGGGUCCCAGCGCCCCGGUCGCGCCGGCGGGCCCACGGAGAAGAGUGCUCGCCCCGCCCCUCGCGCCACGCUUCACCGCCAACAACAGGAGCAACAAGGCCGCCGUGGGCAACUGUGUCACCACCAUGGUGCACAACUGCUACGCCCCUGCGGACACCUCGCCCCCCAAGAGCUCCAACCACACGGCCCCCUCCCUCAACAACCUCAUCAAGGCGGCCACCGACGAGGGCGGGAGUGGCGGCUCUGCGAAGCCGCAGAAGAACUUGACCGGCAGCAAGCCCCCCAUGGCCCAGGUCAACACGGGGGCCCCCGAGAGCCUGCGCGGACGGAGGGAAGUGACGGAGGAGGAGGCGGAGAGGUUCAUCCACCAGGUGAGCCAGGCUGCCGUCACCAUCCAGCGCUGGUACCGGCGGCGCCAGGCACAGCGGCGCGGAGCCCGAGCUUCCGGCCGGGAGCCCCUGCCGGCGCCCAAGGGAGAGGGACAGCGGCGGCGGCUGGGGGAGGGGGACCUGCUGCACCUGCACCUGCAGAAGGAGGCGGCCCGGAGGAAGGCCGGGGAGGAGAAGGCACGCCAGGCCAGGCGGGCCGCCAUCCAGGAGCUGCAGCAGAAGCGGGCCCAGAGAUCGGGUGAGGCCGAGCCUGGGCUGCCGAAGGGGACCUGGCAGACGGGGGAGCCCCGGCCGAGGCCGGGAGACGGCGCUCGCGACAGCCCUCGGGCCCCCAGGGCCGAUGACGCCGGGACCAGCCGCUGUGCCUCAGGCCCAGGGGACCCCUGCCGGCCCGUCCCCGCCACCGCCACCCCCCCAGGGUCCCGGCAGUUCCCAGAGGAGGAGCCGCAGGACGCCAGCUCCCGGGACGGGGCUGGCAGAGCCCUGGAGCCCGUGAGCCCGGCCGGGGGCAGGGCCGGGUGCAGGUCGGCCCUGGAUGAGCUGCUGGACACCCUGAAGCUGCUGGAGGCAGAGCCGGAGCCGCUGCCCCGCCCCCGGGCCUACCGCAAGGACCGAUACGCCUGGACCGACGAGGAGGACGGCGCCAGCUCCCUGACGGCCGACAACCUGGAGAAGUUCGGGAAGCUCGGUGCGUGUGCCGGGCCCCCCGAGGACGGGACGCUGCUCUCGGAGGCCAAGCUGCAGAGCAUCCUGAGCUUCCUGGACGCGAUGGAGCAGUCGGGGCACGACCGGACGGCCGCAGCCCUGCAGGAGGGGCCGGGGCCCCUGGAGUCGGCGUCCGCGGCGAGCGCGUCCGUGACGCGGCUGAGGCUGGAGGUGGAGGAGAAGAAGCGGGCCGUGGCGCUGCUGCAGCGGGCACUGGCGCAGCAGCGGGACCUCACGGCCCGGAGGGUGGAGGAGACGGAGAAGGAGCUGGGCCGGCAGCUGCGGCAGCAGCGGGAGCACUACGAGGCCGCCAUCCAGCGGCACCUGAGCUUCAUCGACCAGCUGAUCGAAGACAAGAGGAACCUGGGGGACAAGUGUGAGGCCGUGGUGGCCGAGCUGAAGCAGGGGGACCAGCGGCGCAAGGACAGGGAGGCCCAGCUGCGGGAGCAGCACGAGCUGGAGAUGAAGCAGCUCCGGGAGCUGAUGAGCGCGGCCGAGAGGGCGCGCAGGGAGAAGUGGGUGAGCGAGAAGACCCGCAGGAUCAAGGAGAUCACCGUCCGAGGCCUGGAGCCCGAGAUCCAGAAGCUGAUCGCCAAGCACAAGCAGGAGGUGAAGCGGCUGCGGGGCCUGCACGCGGCCGAGCUGCAGCAGGCGGACGAGCGGGCCGCCCAGCGCUACGGGCGCCAGGCGGAGGCGCUGCGGGAGCAGCUGGAGCAGGAGAAGGAGGCGCUGGCCCAGCAGGAGCGCGAGCGCGCCCAGCGGCGCUUCGAGCAGCAGCUGGAGCAGGAGCAGCGGGACCUGCAGCAGCUGCGCAGGCGGCUCUACGGCGAGGUGGCCGAGGAGAAGGAGCGGCUGGGCCAGCAGGCAGCCAGGCAGCGGGCUGACCUAGAGGAGCUGCGGCAGCAGCUGGAGGAGAGCAGCGCCGCCCGGGGCCGCGCCCUGAGGGCCGAGUUCGAGAAGGGCCGGGAGGAGCUGGAGCACAGGCACCAGGUGGAGCUGCAGGCUCUGAAGGACCAGCUGGAGGUGGAGCGGCAGAUGCGGCAGGCCAGCUGCGCCCGGAAGGAGGAGGCCUGGCUGCUGGAGCGGGAGCGCGAGCUGAAGGAGGAGAUCCGGAGGGACCGGGACAAGGACAUCGAGCUGGUGGUGCGCCGGCUGGAGGCCGACAUGACGCUGGCCAGGGAGGAGAGCGAGAGGGCCGCCGAGGGCCGCAUCCAGCGCCUUCGCGACAAGUACGAGGCGGAGCUCGCGGAGCUGGGGCAGGCGGAGCGGCAGCUGCAGGGCCAGUGCGCGGAGCUGAAGGGGCGGCUGGCGGAGGCCGAGGGCGAAGCCGCGCGCCUGCAGGGCCUGGUGCGGCAGAAGGACAAGGCCCUGGCCGCGGCCAAGGCGGUGAACGAGCAGCUGACCGGCGAGAGGAGCGGCCUGGCCCAGGUGCUCCGCCAGGAGUUCGCCGACCGGCUGGCCGCCUCCGAGGAGGAGAACCGGCGGGUCCGGGCCGAGCUGGAGCAGCUGAGGCAGGAGAAGCAGGCGGAGCUGGAGAACGUGCACGGAAGGGUGAAGGCAGCCCUGGCCAGGAAGGAGGAGGCCGUGAGCAGCCUUCGGAAACAGCACGAGGCCGCAGUGAGGCGGGCGGACCACCUGGAGGAGCUGCUGCAGCAGCACAGGCGGCCCCUGCGGAGCACCAAGUGACCCCGCCGCCCCUGGCGUCCUGCUCCCCUGCUUGUGGGGGCACCACGCCUGCUCGUGGAAAUAAAGCGCUAUUUCUUCA